AUGUUUUCUCGAAUGACUCAUGAAGAUAAACUUGCCUUUUUCGAGCUGCUCGAUGAAUAUUUUGAGUCACGUCCAAAUUUAUUUUCACGAGAAUCCGCAGAUCCAGGGCUCGCAUCUCAACCAGCAGCAGUAGCAGCCAAUGCUGUACAUCGUACCAUGGCGGCAAAUCCUCAGGCGACAGCCGAUUUGAUAUCGACAGGCUUGAAGAACAUACCCAAGGGCAGUCAGUACGGUGCGGCCAGUAAUCCCGUUGUCGCAAAUGCAGCUGGUCGAUUCGCCGCCAGUGGUAUUGCAUCUUCCUAUGGAGGAGCAAAGUCGCCUCCUGCGCCACCCAGGAGGAACGUUGGUACAACUGAUGAUCCCCCUACCCCAAGCCGAGCAUCGCCGUCUGGCCUUGUUAGCUCAAAGCGUUUCGGAGAUCUUGAUACAUCUUCGGUAGCAGCUGCUAUUACAUCUUCGUUCAAAGGGGGCAAACCAGCUCCAGCUCCAGCUCCAGCGUCGUCUAGGCUUCCGCCUGCCAUGGAUAACAACAGUGGAAGAAACUUCGCCCCACCCCCGGUCCGACGCGUACCAACUACGGCCUCUUCCGAAGGAGAUACGGGGGCUGAUCCAGGGAAUAAAUGGGGGAACUCAAAUCGGGCACCAGUACGGCGAGUGCCAAGUCACAACACACUGCAAAGACAGUCCACUCCCGAACCAGAGUCCGUCCAAGGAGAAACAGCGGAAGCUUUGUACGAUUACAACAGUAGCGCUGCAGAGGACAUUAAUGUCCGUCAAGGUGACCGUUUCGUGAUCGUAGAGAGGACAUCAGAUGACUGGUGGACGGUUGCCGCCCCUAACACCGAGAGGCCGCUAAACUAUGAACCUUCUCCUGACUGGCUGAUCUCUGCUCUCAACGAUGAUGACCUUCCUUGCAAAAGCCUUCUUCCGCCUACCAUUGGACAAAGAAAUGGCUAUUCUUAUCCACCAUCGAAUAGCCAAAAAGCGCAAUCCAAGUACAUACCCUUUCAGCACCAUCCAGACGGGGUUUCAAGGCCAAAACUUGAUAGUGACCUCGAUAUCGCUGAUAUAUGUAUAGAGUCGGCGAUCGCAGAUGGAAACCUUUGCGUAGCCUACAUGGCACCCGCCCCCAAACUGGAUGUGGUAUGGACGUUUGCCAAUGGUUCGGGAGUCCUACAUGAGAAGUGGCGAAAGUUAGGCAGGUUCAACAGCGCCUUCAACGCGCUGGUACGCUGGCACCUAGGGCUUUACGUGCGAGUAAACGUCAAGUUGCUGCGGGAACGGAGAAAAAGUUAUUUCGCUUCGACAUUCAAUGAGAUCCGUCUUGCAACACUUUCGCCCAUAUACUUCCCAGUUCCAUCUUCUAACAAGCGACUUUGCAUUCCUUCUUGCAAUCCAGAUGAUUAUGCAGAUUGGCGGCUAGGUCAAAUACCACAGUGGCUGAAUAUGGAUAAUCCAUAUAAGUGGAAGGACGGAGAUGUUGAUUUGAGUGUUGUCCCCCAUGCGAAGUUCUUCGGCGAGAAUUACCGAUAUACCACUUUCAACAGCCUGGCCAUUGAAUCCCAAUUUGGACAUCUGAACGUGUCUGAUGCCUUUAUUUAUCUGAACGACGACUUCUACUUCGCAGCAGACUUAUCUCCUUGGGACUUCUAUACGCAAUCAUAUGGUCUCCCCUCCAGCGGUGAAUGGCAUAGUUUGGAAUUCUCUAAUCGCUUACUGAGUGAUCGUUUCGGGCUGCGAAAACGACCCUAUGUGAUCCAUGAAGCCAAAGCACUCAAGCGGUCUCUCAUAAACGAAAUCUCUCUUAUCUGGUCGGCUGAGCUAGCGGAGACAUCUUCUCAUCCGUUCCGUACCGACCCGCUGCUCGUGAUGCUCAUAUGGGAUUCAUUUGCACGAUUAGGUGGUAAAGAAGACGAGUGGAAUGCGAGGACUUCGAUGCAGGCAUGGCGUGAAUUAGGGGGUAAUCAUUCAACUCCAGAUAUGACACUUCUUGUCAGCACACCCUCAAGAGACAGUCUAUCUGACGAGAGAAUAGCUGAGGCCAAGGCCGCGUUAUCUGGCGCCCAUACAACACAUAGCACCCAGUACUCUUUCACGAGCCAGGAUGGAUAUCCAUACACCUUUUUAGGCGAUUAUGGGAUGAGACAUUGGCCACGUUUCCCAACCCAAUAUAUGCAAUGUGCUAUUGUGUUCUCAAAAUGCUUCCCUCCCGAUCUAUUCAGUGCAAAUGACGUAUUUAAACAUGCGGCUUUUAAAGAGCCUCAAUGCGGCGACUGCAUCAUCCAAGCCUUGGUGGCUGCCAGCGGUCGCCUUGGCCUUUCUGCGUUUCUUCCUCCAAUAGCUCACGGAGCAGAUCUAGAGGGUACCGAAAAGCUAAAGGACGGUGUUAUUCCCCAUCUUCCGUUGGCUUCCGACUACCGCACCGGGGACUUUUCUUUGAAAGCCGUAGUUGGCGAUUCGACUAAAGACAUUAGGUUCUGGACAUCCAAGAUGCUCCAACGUUAUCGAUUCGUCAUUGGUGACACCCCAUCCGUAUUUGCCAUGGUCAAAAGCGCUUCCGACGCCAAAAAGGCAUUCAACUCGAUGAAAGCCGAUCCGUCUAUUGCUCUGCUUUGCUUGAAUGAUGACAUACGUGGGAGUCAAGCUGAGGAGGCUGAUAAAGUAUUGCGACGCGAACAAGAAAAGCGCUGGCCACAUGCAGCGGCUUGGGAGGUGCGAUAG